CUUUAAGCUUUAAGCAAACAAAAAAGAUUAUUUCGAAUGGAAAAAGUAAGUAGAAAAUAAUCAACUAACUACUUUUCAGGUGUUACAAACGAUAGCAAAAACUGUCUCUGCGCGUUAAUGGAUCUAUCGUGUAGCUGUUAAGCUUAAAACACACGUGUAUUUGAAAGCAAAAAAAAAACCGGAAACCAUGACCCGCUUCGUCAUAAAUCUGGGUCCCCGAAACCCUUUUGUGUUUCGAUUGCCCAAUCGAAUAUUGAAUAUGCGAACGCACAAAGUAUGGUGAGAUAAUGAAAGAAACAGGGGCUUUCCCAAUGGGUAAAGUUUCCAUUCAUGCACUUCCAAACCGUCCUCAUGAAAUGUUCAAAAAAGCACAAAACCCCCCCGAAUUGUGCUGAUAAAUGGUAGCCGUUUUUUAUUCUUUCUAAAUGUUUGUUCUACGAUCAUGUUGGUGGAGAUGUGAUAAAAAGUGAAGCUAAAGAAUUUUCCUUUCGAUCGGAAACAUUGCUGUCGAAAGAUAGCAGCCGUUAUCGCUCCGUGUUGUUAUCAGAUAUAUAGAUACGAGCAUGUUUGGUAUAUAAAAGAAAACCGAAGCAUUAUCUUUUAUUUGCAGCUCUACGAUCGUGUGAAACGGUUGCACGAUCGCGGGGUUUUUUAUUAUUUUAAUUCGUGAGUGAUACAAUUUUGUGCGUAACUGUAAAAUGAUGGUUUCUUCGUCGUCAUUACUUGUGGCGCUAUUUUUAGUGUGUUUGAUAAAUGUCAUCACCGGAAGCCAUGUACUAUCGGUGACACAAUUUCAAACCUCAACCUGUGCCGAUCGACAGGCGCCCGGGAUUUUCUGCUCCGAUUGUAACACGGUGGCCGUGUGCGUAAGAAUUGGAACCGUUUGGGAAACGUUCUGGGUCGAGGCAUGCAAUCCGGACGAAGGGCUGUACUGUAACGAGUUCGAGGGCGGCUGUUCGACCACCAUCGGAUCGUGCAAUCCGGGCGGGGAAGGAAACUUCGAGUGUAACACACCGGGCGUAUUUCCGGAUCCGUUCAACUGUCGGCUGUAUCACAUGUGCUUCCUAAACGGUAACAACCCGGUAGCCAUUAACAUGGACUGUGGUGGUGCGGCCUUUUCACCUGCGACCGGAGAUUGUUCGUUGCCACUGAACGACACCAUCUGUCUUGGACCGCAGUUUAACUGCAGCAUAGUCGGCCAGAUGGAUGCAUGGCCGGGCAAUAAUAAUAUCUACUACAUCUGUGCAGCGGAAACGGUCAACGGGAAUCGGGUGUUGCGUCCACGCCUGUACCGAUGUCCGGCAAAUCAAAUGUUCCAGAACGGACAGUGUGUGCAGCGCGAUUGGUCCAACAUGCCACCGGGUACGAUUGUGCCGUAUGAAUGUGAACGACCGGGACUGUUUCCCGAUCCGUCACACUGUCGGUACUAUUACAGCUGCAAUGCGGAUCUGGUCGCAACGCAUUUAGAAUGCCCGGAUGGUACUCACUUUAAUGCGAACACACUUUCCUGUGUGCUGGGUGUUUGCUAG